AUGAAUAUUCGAGUGCUAUCGGCCGCAACAACGGCGCUGGGCGUGGAGGCGAGCGCAAUGAACAUGUAUUUGGUUGGGUUGCUGCUGCGGAAUGGGGUGAGAAGUGCGAGGGAGAAGUUUGUGGUGUGUCGGAGUGUUGUGGACGCGCUGCAGAUAGGAUAUGUGGCGUUUUGGAUCGCGCCGACAACGUUUUUUCAAAGGUAAUUUUGGGAAAAUGUAAACAUUCACAAAAUAUAUAUACAGUGACGGACCUGAUCCAGUGGCAAAAAGCGUACCAUUUUGCAUCCGGGAAGUAUCAAAAAAUGUGGCAAAAUGCCUCCCUCUCCAACUGAAAAAAACUUCGUUUUGAAGGCCCUCACAAAAAGAGCGGGCGCGCUUUUGAAAUCCGAUUUUUUCACUUGAAGAGGGAGGUAUUUUGCCACAUUUUUUGAUACUUCCUCGGUGCAAGAUGGUAGGGUUUUUGCCACCGGAUCAGGUCCCCCACUGUAGUAGAACAUUUCCUGUUUUAGUUCCGGCUGGCUCUUCGACUACAUUGGCAGCGCGUUGACCCGACUCAGCGCGGUUCUGUGGUGUUGCUCCAUCAUGAUCCAAGUGAUCACAGUGAUCGAGAGGCACUUCGCAAUCUGCCAUGGACUGCUUCACAUGGCCUUUUCGGACACGAUCCUUGUAAAGGUCUCGAUUUUGGGGACAAUUGCGUUUUCGAUGGUUUUUGUUCGUAAGUCGGCAUGUUUGUUAACACCGGCGGGUAAGCAUGGCUGUAAUCCGGCAUGUGCACGAGAUAAAAAUUUCCAAGCCCGGGCCAGCAAAACUUUGAAAGCCCGGCUCGGGUCAAAGUUCUUGUGUAAUUUUUUGAAUUGGAAAUUUGGAAUUUUAAAAACCACGGAACUAUUGCUAUUUCAUCUGAGCAAGACCCGACGUUUUUUUGGCCUUCUUGAUGUAAUCUUGCAAUAUUUUCGAGCGAUUUUAAAGAGGAAUUUCGCCAUUCUUUUGAGAAUUCUCGGAAAAUCCAAAUUUUCUUUAAAACCGUCCCAGGCCGGGCUGAGCCAUGCCUACAGUGACGGAUCUGAAAUUUUGAUGAUUUUUACUUGUCUUAAAAAUGGUAGUACCUCAAAUACACCGCUGCGCUUUCAAUUUUGCACACACUUUGGGCAUAAGCCACAUACAGUGACGGAUCUGCUCCAGUGGCAAGAAACGUAUCAUUUUGCAUCCGGAAAGUAUCAAAAAUGUAACAAAAUACCUCCCUCUCCAACUAAAAAAAUUCCGCUUUGAAGAACCCUUUUCCUCAAAAAGCAAGCGCGCUUUUGAAAUCGGAGUUUUUCACUUGGAGAGGGAGGUAUUUUGCUACAUUUUUGACACUUCCCGGAUGCAAAAUGGAACAUUUUUUGCCACCGGAUCAGGUCCGCCAUGUAGAUGUCCCGUGGGGAAAUCCUGAACUAGUUGUAAAAUGACGUGACGAUCUUCCCUUUCAACAAAAGUUUUUGUUUCCCCUUGCGAUGACUCGACUGCACUUGUUGCUUGGUCAGCCAAGCUUUAGAACACGUCAUGUUCACUAUUUACGUGCAUUUUUUCAGAAGGCUUCUGGUUUCUGACCCACUGCAGAGGCGGCUACGACAUGAAGCACGUCGUCUUUACCUUUGACGGAGAUGACUGUAAACUGCAUUUAAAUCGCCUAGCGGCCCUGGGUUUUAUGCUGGCAACGCUGGCGCUCACUUUCACCUUGGACACGAUGACUUAUUUGAAGCUGAAAAAUAUGAAUUCUGUAGGCAAUUGCAAGUCCUAAGACUAAAUUUAAACCACGUUUUGCAACUCUAUUUUUUGCAGAAACUCACUCGCCAGUCCUCCUUUACCAAGCAUCAACGGGCAUCGCGCCAGCGAUGCGAAGAUUAUGUGUUGACGCAAACAUUCGUACUCCCUCUUACUCUUCUUUUACAACACGCAUUGUUUUUCGUCCGAUCUACGGAUUUCACAAAAUUCGACAGUAUUGUUUUAAACUUUACCUUCAAUAUGUUGGUUAUCAUCGUAAUUUAUCAAAUCGAAGCGUGAGUCCACAAAAAUUUUGAAGAUUUUUAUUUGGUCUACAACGGGUUGUACCCCAAGUACACUGCUGCGCUUUCAAUUUCGCACAUACUUCGAGUAUAGGACACAUACAGUUGGGGACCUGAUCCAGUGGCAAAAAACGUAUCAUUUUGCAUCCGGGAAGUAUCAAAAGAUGUGGCAAAAUGCCUCCCUCUCCAAGUGAAAAAAACUCGUUUUGAAGGGCGCGCCCUUUUUCCUCACAAAAAGAGCGGACGCGCUUUUGAAAUCUGAGUUUUUGCACUCGGAGAGGGAAGCAUUUUUCCACAUUUUUUGAUACUUCCUGGAUGCAAAAUAGCACGUUUUUUGCCACUGGAUCAGGUCCUCCACUGAAUUAAUUCCCGAAAGUUUUAGCUGGCGCUUUUCAGGGGCAGCCGGGCACAAAUCUUUGCGGCCAAGAGCGUAGGCGAAACGCGGAGAAAGGUUACAGAAAAAAUACUUUUUUGGCUGUUUCUUUUCCAGUUCCGUGUGGAAAAAUUGAUUUUUUGGGUACCCUUCUAGAUUUUGUCGAAAACCAAAGCUGUAAAUUUAAUGGUACCUCUGCUGCUGACAAAUGAGGGUUUCUAUAUCCAAAAAUAUUCUAUUUUCAGGAUCGUCGAACUCAUCACCAACAAAUCCCUCAACUCAUUUUUAUACCGACUCUGGAAUCGGCGUCGAUCACGAGAACGGACUCCGCCCGAGUCCAAUCAACUCCUCAAACGGCGUGGAGCCAUGCAAACCGAUGUGAUUGUCAUCGACAUUAGUAAAUAA